AUGGACCCCAUCAUUAUAACGCCGGACGUUGUAGCUGAGGCGGUCCGAAGGGCCCCGAACUGGAAAAGUCCGGGGCUCGACGGGCUGCAUCACUACUGGCUGAAGGGGUUCGUGGUGUGUCACGCUGUGCUCGCCCGACAAUUUCAAGACGCUCUCGACCAAAAGUCGCUCCCGAGCCUCUUCACUACUGGGAUCACUCAUUUGGUUCCUAAAGACCGGGAUACCAUAGACCCGAGCAAAUACCGCCCCAUCACGUGUCUACCCACGAUAUAUAAGACACUAACAUCCAUUUUGAGCGCGAGAAUCACUCGUCACCUGAACUCAAAUCAGGUGAUGUCGCGCGCUCAAAAUGGAUGUCGGGGCGGUGGUCGUGGAACCAAGGAACCACUCCUCAUUGACGCGGUCAUUGGCAAAGUGGUUAAACGCAACCGUCGGAACCUAUCCGCCGCCUGGAUAGACUACAAAAAGGCAUUGGACUCGGUGCCUCAUACAUGGCUGAAGAGGGUCCUCGAGCUGUACAAGGUUGACUGUACAGUUAGAGACUUCCUCGGGCAGUGUAUGGGGCAGUGGAGUACGAUCCUUUGUCAUCUAGGCGAGCGGAUGACGUCUGCGGAGAACCACAUAAGGAUAAGAAGGGGUAUCUUCCAGGGCGAUUGUUUGAGUCCAAUCUGGUUCUGCCUCUCUCUGAACCCUCUCAGUACCUUACUGGAGGGCUCCGGGAGGGGAUUUCAGCUUCGAAGGGGAGGUACAAAAGUGACCCACCUUUUCUAUAUGGAUGAUCUCAAGUUAUUCGCCUCCAGUCGCUCUCAUCUUGUGGAAUUGCUAAAUAUCACUUGUGAUUUUAACAAUUCUAUUGGAAUGGGGCUGGGGUCGGAUAAGUGUGCGGUCCUCCAUGUUGAAAGGGGAAGGGUUGCUAAAUCUGAGGGCAUAGAUUUAUUUAUGUACAUCAACAUAAGGACCCUUUCCGGGGCUGAAACAUACCGAUACCUGGGUAUGUCACAGAACAUCGGUGUUGAUGAGGCGGGUAUGAAACAGUCACUUUGCGAUGUGUUUUAUGCACGAUUGACAAAAUGCUUAACAGUCUUUUGUCGGGCGUUAAUAAGACACACGCAUAUAAUGGUUGGAUCAUACCUGCUCUCAUGUAUACAUUUGGCAUACUCAGGUGGACUCAGACCGAACUGA